AUGCCACCAAAACUGGGCGAGCAACUGCGCCGCUGCGCCGGCCGCUGCAUCGCGAAGCCUCUCUACUGCUCCAAGGAGUGCCAGAAGCUGCACUGGCUCACACAUAAGAUCGGCUGUAACAAUGGCCCUCUCGCCCAGCCCGCCGCAGCGCCCGGCCGGGAUCCCAACAACAGCCUCCUCGACCGCCUCCGCUCCUUCACCGAGGCUCACGAGUGGGCACUCGGCGCCGCGGCUGGCGCCGUCGCUCUCCUCACCUACGGCCAGGACUACGGUCGCCACCUCGAGACGAGUCUCAUCCGCUUCCUGCUCGCGCACAACCCGCCCGCGCCCGGCGCGCGCCGCGGGAACCCCGUGCGCGCGUUCAAGCUCCUCGGGAUCGACACGGUCGACCUCGCGCCCGGCGCGCGGUCGCAGCCGGAGAAGAAGAUCAAGGCCCUGCCCGCGGGGGAGGCGCCGCGGAUGCUCCGCGCCCUGCGCGAGUUCCGCGCCGGGGAGCGGGGGGACCUCGCCCGCGCGGACGUGGCGUACGCGAUGUACGGCGCGGAGGGCCCGCCGGCGCCGGACCAGGUGCUCAUCGUCUCCACGUGCUUCUUCGUCGAGGGCGAGUCGCAGUCGCUGAUGCGCUCGUUCAUGCGCCUCGGCGUCCCGCGCGUCUGGCCGAGCUCGGAGGGCGAGGGAGGGUUCGACCAGGCGCGCACAGCGAUGGAGGACCUCACGCGCUUGUGCAUCACGAGCUUGAACGAGGGACCGUGCUUCCGGAGGGAGAUCUCGGCGGACGCGGGGCUAGCUCUCCCAGGAACUUUUCAGCGCAGGGAGAAGGCGUGGGUGUGGCGGCCGUUGUUCACAGAUUGGGAGGAGUACGAAGCGAACCCGGAGAAGUACGGACCAAUGGCGGCCUUCCGGGACGUUCGUUCGGGAUACUCUCCCAAAGAGCUCAUGAUAUUUACCUUUUUGUUCUGA